AUGUCCGCAGCUCACCCAUACCACCGCCUCGAAGUGCCUGUUGAAGUACCAUUCGAGCUGAGACCCUCACCAGGCAAAGGAUGGGGUGCUUUCGCCACAAAACACAUUGUCCGGGGAUCAUUGAUUCUGAGCGAAAAGCCAAUAUUCAUUAUCCGGAAGUCGCAUACCGAAAUCACGGACUACCAUGUUACUAUGGCCUUUCAGAAAUUGUCGCCUAGCCAAAGAGCACAGUUUUUACUCCUCCGCGAUAACGGAACAGGUUGUUUUACAAGUAUGAAUGAAGCUUUCGCUGAAAACUCGUUCAAUAUCGCGGAUUCAGACCGCAACGAGCCUGAAGCUCAUGGUCUCUUCCUCCUUCACUCGCGCUUCAACCAUUCUUGUAUACCCAACUCGAAGAUUCCAACUGUUAGUGGAGAGAUCAUCUCAAGCUUUGCGACUAGGGACAUAGACAUUGGCGAGGAAAUCAAUUUCUGUUAUAAUACAGAUUUCGAAUGCAGGACUAGAUAUGAGCGUCAUCAAGCUCUGCGUUUUACCUGCGAUUGCAUGGCCUGUCUACCUGGCACCCCCUUUCAACAACUUAGUGACAUGCGCCGGCGAUUGAUUCGAGGGCUCCAAUAUCUUGCUCGUGGCGUGGACUUGGAUGGACAGAGACAGAGUUCGAAUUCUAUUAUUUUCGACUGUACACAGAGGUUUGUCGCAGAGACUUUCAGUAUAACUCUUUCAUCUAGAUUCAUUUAUGCCCUCCUGUCAAUUUUCUUUCUCGAAGAAGAGGGAUUGCUAGAUGCCUUUAUAGACGCAAGGCUAAGACCGAGCUUAGAAAAAACGGUGCAAUUGUUCAAGUCAGAAGGCAAUCAGAGUAUUGUUGGGCUAGCCAUGGAACAAAAAACCUGGGCAAAGAGGUUGCAAGUGGCAUUCAGACUAUACGGCCGAGAAGAUGCUGCUGAUUAUGGAGUUACCUUAGCGCUGCGAAGAUUGCGCUCAUUUGCUUAA